AACCAUUUCAAAUGCUUAGUAACCUCCGUCAAUGGACGAUACGACUGAAGCGCUACCUUCCUUAUUCGUUGGCGUUGACCUUGUACGCACUCAUGAUUUUUGCCUGCUUGAUUUUUGCUUAAUUUUUAGGAAAGCCCUCAUGAUUUAUAUAAUUUCAGCUAUGAAAUUUGUGAUAUAGUGAAAAUUAUUUUUCAGGUCGAAACAAUCGGUUGCUUAAGCAAUCAAUACAGGGGAAAAGAGAUAAAGAGGGAAUACUGAAGAAAAGCGCCAAAGGUCUCCUUUUUUAUCUGCCUUGUUAAAAUAACAUGAAACUCCAACUCUUUGUCACUCUAUUUUUGAAAUGUCGCAGAAUUGUACACUUCUCGCUUAAUCGCACUCCAAAUUGCCUACCUUCCUCCUAGCUCCAACUGUCUCCUAUGUUCGCAUUUAUUCCCACUACAAAACACGACGACUACUACCGACUACAUUCAAAAACGACAUAUAGGUAAAGACACUCGUCGGCAAGCAGUAACAUUGGAAGUCAAGUUAAAUACUUAAGUACACUUUAAUAAUAACGCCUUCACUACAAUUGUAGUGUUAAUAUUCCUAAUCAAAAUAAUCUUGUGAAUUCUGAAAUUUAAUAAACGCAAAGAUUCACAACAAUGUCUAACAGUUAUAGUUCGUUAAGCAACUCUCGAUCUGAAGUAUAAAUUACGGUUACGUUCGUUAAUACUGAACACUACCUGUAGAAUAGUAGCGGAAAGUUAUAACCAUUGAGUAGUACAUACAUGUUCUUUUUUUUCUCUGAGAUACUUUUACAGUUUGUCCCAUGUCAUGAAAACACCCUUGCGUCCCAAUGUCAUGCAGUUUAGCAAUUUCUUUUUCGGUGACGGAUGAUGAUAAGAACUGCAAUGUUAGUGCGUCUAAUGAUUAGAAAAGGGGAAACAUAUAGUUCUUAAAGCUUAUUCUUACCAUGCGCUGACUUUUUGACUCUUAUGUGAUACGUCUGAACUAAUGAAGCGCGUGUUGUGAAAGCCUGUUUGAUUUCAUAUGCGAUUAUGAAUUAUGAUACCUUCUUAAUUAAUAAUCCAUUACCUGUAACUUCUACAGAUCUUCGUGAAUGACAGUGGAAAUUUGCACUUACGAUGAAAAUACGUAACGAGCAUGUGUCUGUUAUUAAUCUUCUUGUAAACCAUGAUGUUAUUGCUUGCCAAUGAAUGUCCCUAACCAUAUGUCGUUUUUGAAUGUAGUCGGUAGUAGUCGUCGUGUUUUGUAGUGGGAAUAAAUGCGAACAUAGGAGACAGUUGGAGCUAGGAGGAAGGUAGGCAAUUUGGAGUGCGAUUAAGCGAGAAGUGUACAAUUCUGCGACAUUUCAAAAAUAGAGUGACAAAGAGUUGGAGUUUCAUGUUAUUUUAACAAGGCAGGUGAAAAAGGAGACUUUUGGGUUCGUUUCUCAUUUUACUGACAGAAUUUUCUUGUUUUCCCUUUUUGAUUGCUUCGGUUAAUAUGGAAAAUUAGUAGUUUUACCCAUGAGCUGUUUUCCUCAUUGUCAUUAUUCUCCUACAGCUACUUCAGUCAUUUCAAAGUACGAAGUUUUGGCUUCGUUCGUAUUUGUCUUAUUGCUCGCACUCAUCAAACAGCAUUCUCAUAUGGAUGACACAUGCAGUAUUGUUAUUGAGGAUUUGGCAAAUACACAUAACGUGAAACCGGAAUCAGUGGAAACAUGGUUAGCACCAUUUGGUGUUGUUAAAUCUAUAUCUAUUUACCGACGUGUGAUCUUCGUGGAGUUCGAAAGUCCUUCAGCGGCGGAAAAUGUCAUAACUAGUGAAAAUGGGAAGAUGUUUCAGAAUAGUUAUGUGUCCAUACGAAGUCCGCAACCAUGGGACUUGAUGGUUGCUGGAGAUCUUGUUACUAAAUACGAGGUGCCAACUUCAUCUGAAGCCAAUAAAGAAGCUGAAGUGGAAGUAAAAGACGAAAAUGCAUCUAAUGGCAAUGUUCAUACGGAGGUUGAGGAGGUAAAAAAAUUAAUCACACAUAUAAAAUAUUUGGAUAAAGAUGAACUCUGGACGUUGUAUAAUGCAUUACAAGAUAUGCGAAAUGAAAGGGGAGCGAAGACUAAAGUUAAAACUCUUCCUACUGGUCGACCUUGGCUUGAUUCAAUAGGCAAAACUCUAUUCACUGAAAGAACUGAAACAUUGCACAAAUUAGAAUUAGAAGAUAGUAAAAUAAAUCGUCGUCGUUUUAUUCAAUGUGACAAACUAUACACUGAAGCCAGUAACGAAUGUGAAAAAGCAUGGUUCAAUAUAAUUGACCAAGAAAUUAAUACGUGUAAUGCUCCUAUACUUCCGGAGGAUAUGAACAACAUAUCGUUCCCACCAGUAGUAGUAGCCGCUCAACCUCAGAUAAAUGGGCCUGUAUAUGAUUCCACAGGAUUUCUGAUGCCAUAUCCCAAUCAUUUUCCUUCAGAUACUUGCUAUAAUGAAUAUUCUGCUGUAUAA